AUGGCUGCCAUUUCCCUCUGCCGCAGAACCCCUCGCUCCCAGCCCGAGACCGAGAACGGAUCGAUCUACCGCGUGGCCCCGGACAGCGAUAAAGGAGCCCCUUGCGGGCAGUGUGUUCGGAAAGGCAGGGCUUGUGUCCGCGGUACCAAGCUCAAGUUCAGACACAUUACCGUGCCAAGUGACACAGAUGGUAAUCGAGGGGAGCCCCAAUAUGAGUUCUCAGAUACGCAAAAGUGGUGCCGGGUGGCGGGGAAGAGGAUACGCUUCAUCGACGAGACCGCCGAUAUAAACAGCCUCCACAAUGAUGGAUUCGACUCCGACGACGAAGACUUCAUCUCGAUCGAAGAUUAUCCCCCGAGUCCACCAGCACUACCACCGCGACGGACCAAGAAAAGACAAGAUGAAUUCAUCAAGCCGUCAUCGACCAAUCGUCCAAGCCGAAACUCGGACGCCGCUGCCAACGAAACUGGCCAGAGUCCUUUACCCAUCGAGAAAGGCCAGCCGUACCCCUUGACGAAGCUACCCGCCCUACACCCUCAUCCUGCCUUCCGAAGCCCAUCGUCAGGCCACUUGGAGUCAGACGAUGCGCCGCGGUCCUUCUCACCAGUGCCUCGAAGCGCCAUCAGCGAAAUUGGUAGCGGGAGCCACUGCGACGACCCUAGCUUGCCCGAGCCGCGUCGAUCCUUCAGUUCCGCCAACUUUCCGUUAGAAGACCGUCGUGAGGCAGAUUUAGUUCGCCACUUCAGGGAGUUCAUCGCGGCCUCCUUCGACUAUGGCGACCCACACAAUCGGAUCUCGGUUCUUCUUCUACAGCAUGCUGCUCUCAGCCCCGUGCUGCUCAAUGCUGUCUUAGCUGUGUCGGCAAAGUCGAAGGAUGAGGGCGAUAGCCUAAACUUCUUUGAUAAGCCUGCAGAACGAUACUAUGAGAUGACUAUGGAGCUUCUACAGCCUGCCUUGGAUGACGCUGUUCCCGAGGUCGAUGAGGCACAUAUUGCUGCCGCCGUUCUGCUCAGGCUUUAUGAGAAUAUUUAUAUCACACCGUUGUGUCAAAAGACACCUGUAACCCCGAUAUGGAGGUUCCUUUCCACGCACAUCAAGACUCCCGAGCAUGGCACUCUCCUGGAGGCAGCAAUGUGGGCCUGGAUACGCAUCGAAAUCUUCCGGUCCGUCAUGCGAAACGAAAAGCUAGACCUCGAAAUAGAGCAUGUUGACUUCGAUCGCUCCCUCCGACCAGCGGACGACGAUAUCUGGGCAUGGCGGAUGUGCCUCCACACCGUCGACGUACUCAACUACUGCUAUGGGGAAAACAAGUCCCGCGAGACCUAUGACCAGAUGAAUGAGAUCUUUACCGACGUGAAAAUUCUUGCCGGCAUGGCAGACUCGAUCAGCCCAUGUAAUCCGGCUCAUAUAUCGGCCUGCAUGGCAAUAGUCUUGGCGGGCGACCGUUUCACCAUACGGGAAGAGCAAGAUGUACUCUACGAGUUGUUAUCAAAUACUGCAGAUGACUUCAGCUGGGAUGUAUCAUUGAUACUAGCGCACUUGAAGAAGUCAUGGAACUGGCCGGAAGACAUGAGUAUAUAG